AUGAUCCGCAACGAAGCAGUACUCCUGUAUUUGAAGCACAUUCGAAAAUUAAAGAAGGAUGCCGCAGCGAAGGAAGAUGCGGCGGCUGAGAAGGUCGAGACGUAUCUGAGGGACGCUUCUGCGGAUAGUUCCAAGUUCGACUUUAGAGAGGUUGAGAAGCUGGUUAAGGAACAUGACGCUUUGUUGCAGCUCUGUCUCGAGCUUCAGGAAAUAAUGGAUGCCGAGGAGGUGAAAGCUGCUUUGUGA